ACACUCUCUUUUCCAAGCAAACAAAUUUUACAAAAAAAACUAAUCAACCAAAAUUACAAACAUGAAAAAGUCAAUAGUUUUGUUCAUGAAUUUGUUUGUAUUUACAGCUUUUGGUAGGGCAGAUUGGCCCGAAACUUCAACCUGGGCCAAAACAGAACGUUAUGGCCAUGAACACAUAACUGUCUUACAAUUCUACUUCCAUGAAAUUUCUAUUGGGGAAUCCUCUACUAUUGCAUUGAUCGCCCAAGCCCAACCCGUUGACCCGAACGACGUAUUCCCUUUCGGCAACUUGUAUAUGGCAGACGAGUUACUUACUGUGGGCCCGGAGGCGAACUCAACACUCAUUGGCCGGGCUCAAGGUUUCUCCGGUUCAGCUUCUCAAGAAGGUGUGAACUCUUUUAUGAGCUUGUGUUAUAGCUUUGUCGACGGGGUCUAUAAUGGGAGCUCCUUUAACAUUUUGGGCCGAAACUCUAUCUUGAAUCCGAUUAGGGAGUUACCGGUUGUUGGUGGUACUGGUAUUUUUAGGAUGGCCCGUGGAUAUGCAAUAGCUCAAACAUACGAUUUUAAUGUUACUUCCGGGGUUGUUAUUGUUGGCUAUAAUGUUACACUUAUUCACCCUUAAAAGGGCUUUUUUUCGGGUUAUUGUUGUUUGCUAUGAUGUACAUAUCCGUCCUUAAAAGAUUAUCCCAAAAAGUAUUUUCUACUUUAUUAAGAAAGAAGGCAAAAGAAAAUCAAUGAGUUUGUAGUUUAGUCAUUUUGCUAAUUUAAAUAAUAGAAUGUGAGAGUAAACAUGUGAGAACCUCGUACUAUAAAUGCUAUAGGGAAAACUCAAAUGGACAUACCGAAAAGGAAAUUGGGGCAAUCUUUUAAGGACGAGGGAGUAUUUUAAUUAUUUGUUUUGAUAUAAAUUUGUAUUUUCAACCUCACAACCUCACAAUGUCCAACUACUCUAUUUCGCCAUUUUUGUGGUACUAAUCGAGCAAAUUUUAGCUGAGAUAAAUUGUACUGAUAAUUUAUUUUUCAAUUUUAACCUCUGGAUUUAAGUUGCACUUACAUAACUUCGGACAAUAAAACGAGGCACUGUUAGAAGUUCAGGACUACUUUAUGACGUGUCAGUGUGUGCCUACCCAGUGAUGACAUAGACGGCGUAUAUUACACUCUUAUGACACGAUCAUAACCCGUCAAACUCCUUAUUCA